CCGCGACCUCGGCUUCGCAACUAGCAUUGGUUCCUUGGGUUUAUUUCGUUUUCCUUUCUCUUCUCCCCCUUAGCCGCCCCUUUCGCGCUGCGCUGUAGCGUGCUCUCACAGCCUUUUUGCCUCGAACUGAAUGCAGGUGGGAAACAGGUCGGCGUUCCGAAAGACACCGAGUAGGUAGAAAUAAGGCAAACUCACAGAGGCGCAACAGGUCCGGUCCUCCGUGGCCAGGGCGAGCCGCGGCCCCGCGCGGCGCCUCGGCCGCUGUCCCUCGGACCCUGAGCGGCCGCUGUCGGGGACCUCGGAAGAGGUGUCGGUCCUCUGGGAGUCGGAAGAGCUGCCUGGGUGGGUUUCGUCUUGCUUUUUACCCCACCGCCACCCAGUCCCCGGACGGAGGGUGCUUUUCACUUCCAGCUGGGAGGAGAGAAGAAAGCGGGGAUGGUGCACGCCUGCGGGUCUGGACGCUGAGCAAGGCAGGGGUGCAUAUCCGCUCGUGGGCUUGACUCCACCAACUAGUUGUGCAGCCACAGGGACUGAACUUUGGAAGAAUCGACCUUUUUCUUUCCUUUUAGGAUUAUUUGAGGUGUAGAGGGUGGGAAGCGAAGCCGAGACGGCCGACCCCGCCACGAUGCUGCUGAAGAAGCACGCAGGGAAAGGAGGGGGCCGGGAGCCCGGAUCCGAGGACCCGAGCCCUGCCGAACAGUAUUGUGCCCGGACCAUGCCCCCGUGCGCCGUCAUGGCGGCCCUCCUGUCAGUGGUGGCCGUGGUGUCUUGCCUGUACCUGGGUGUGAAAACCAACGACCUCCAGGCGAGGAUCGCCGCUCUCGAAUCCGCCAAAGGGGCCCCCUCCAUUCAUCUGCUGCCUGAUACCCUGGAUCACCUCAAGGCUAUGGUGCAAGAGAAAGUGGAGCGACUUCUGGCUCAGAAAUCCUAUGAACAUAUGGCUAAAAUAAGAAUCGCAAGAGAAGCAUCUUCAGAAUGUAACUGCCCAGCAGGCCCUCCAGGGAAACGAGGUAAGAGAGGCCGAAGAGGAGAAUCUGGUCCUCCUGGUCAGCCUGGUCCUCAGGGCCCUCCUGGUCCAAAAGGCGAUAAGGGAGAACAAGGUGAUCAGGGACCUAGGGGCCUGCCAGGCUUCCCCACAGUUGCUGCCCUGCACAGUAAUCAGAUCCUCACCGUCAAGGGUGACCAAGGACAGGCAGGGCCUCCAGGACCCCCUGGCCCUCCAGGACCAAGAGGGCCACCUGGGGACACAGGGAAAGAUGGCCCCCGUGGAAUGCCAGGAGUACCCGGUGAACCAGGAAAACCAGGAGAACAAGGCUUGAUGGGUCCUCUAGGGCCUCCGGGACAAAAGGGUUCUAUUGGAGCACCUGGAAUUCCAGGGAUGAAUGGGCAAAAGGGUGAGCCCGGGUUGCCUGGAGCAGUAGGACAGAAUGGAAUACCAGGACCAAAGGGAGAACCUGGAGAACAAGGUGAAAAGGGAGACACUGGAGAGAACGGCCCCAAAGGUGACACAGGCGAAAAGGGUGACCCUGGAUCAUCUGCUGCAGGAAUUAAGGGAGAACCUGGGGAAUCUGGUCGUCCAGGGCAAAAGGGUGAACCAGGGCUUCCUGGGCUUCCUGGACUUCCGGGGAUAAAGGGAGAACCAGGUUUCAUUGGUCCUCAAGGAGAACCAGGCUUACCAGGUUUACCAGGAACAAAAGGUGAACGGGGGGAAGCAGGGCCUCCUGGAAGAGGUGAGCGAGGGGAACCUGGAGCCCCCGGACCAAAGGGGGAUCAUGGAGACAAAGGGGACUCCGGAUCUCAGGGACCAAGGGGUCCACCUGGUCAAAAAGGGGAUCAAGGAGCCACUGAGAUCAUAGAUUACAACGGCAACCUCCACGAAGCCUUACAGGGUCCCCCUGGACCUCCUGGACCUCAAGGAAUACAAGGGCCAAAGGGAGAGCAAGGAUCUCCAGGAAUCCCAGGAAUGGAUGGAGAGCAGGGACUCAAAGGCUCAAAGGGAGACAUGGGGGACCCAGGUAUGACAGGUGAAAAAGGAGGAAUUGGACUUCCUGGAUUACCGGGAGCCAAUGGAAUGAAAGGAGAAAAAGGAGAUUCUGGAAUGCCGGGUCCACAGGGUCCUUCUAUCAUAGGCCCACCAGGCCCACCAGGUCCCCAUGGCCCACCUGGCCCCAUGGGACCUCAUGGACUUCCUGGACCAAAGGGUGAACCAGGGUUAAAUGGUGUUAAAGGAUUGAAGGGUGAACCAGGUCAAAAGGGUGACAGAGGACCCCUUGGUCUUCCAGGAGCAUCUGGCUUAGACGGAAAGCCAGGAUCCCGGGGUACAGAUGGUCCUAUGGGACCCCAUGGCCCUGCAGGUCCCAAAGGAGAAAGAGGUGAAAAAGGAGCUAUGGGAGAGCCUGGACCAAGAGGGCCCUAUGGGCUGCCUGGCUUCCCUGGUCCACGGGGUGAGAAGGGUGAUCUAGGAGAAAAGGGAGAAAAGGUGACCUCUCCAUCCCAGCAUGCACCUUGUUUGAUUCUUCUCCUGCUGUCUGCUUUGCUGUUCAGCUUGUGUGAUUCCAUUUGACACUUAAUCUUUCUCCAUCCUGUGCUCCAAAAACAUACUCAUGCCUGAUUUAAGGAAUCAGGUCUUCAGAGAGGAAUGAAGAAGGCUGUACUGCCAGAUAUAAGGGCACUGCCUGGCAUAGAAGAAAAAAUUAUUAUCCCCAGGUAUUCUAGCUACAGUUUUUCAACCACCUGACACCAAUUUAUUGAAAAAUAAAGGAUUUUUGAAAAAAAAAUUAUCUUAAAAAGUAAAAUUAAAUGGCACAAAUCUGCGGUGGUAUUUGGCAGAGCUCAUUGAACCCUGCAAAGGCAGCAUCUCACUUGUCUUCACUACUUCCCAGUAGAGAAAUGGAGAUAUGUUUUGUACAUUGAUAUUUUUUUAUUUGAAAAUGGAGGAGAAGCAGUGUGACUGAUAAACUACAGUAAGUUCACUACGCAGGACUAGGACUUGCCACUUUCAGAUUCAGAGCAACAGCGAUUUUUAAAACAGAGAUACUGGUGUGUUUCAUGAGGUUGAUGCUGAAGUUCUAUCUCAGAACCAUCAGCUCCAUGGUCUUUAGGAGCCAAUAUCAGGCAAUGUGGUUUUAUGACUUGAAAGAAAAGUUUGGAUUAUGCAUUUUAAAAGUCAUUUUUUCCUUUCUUCUCCUUUGUUCUUUUCUCCUCCCUUCCCUCCUUUGCUCUCCUCUGUUUCUUUUCUCUCCUUCCCUCCCUCCCUCCAUUCUUCUCUCUCUCUCUCUCUCUCUUUCCCCACCACCCCUUUCUCAGUAUUUUGCUUGGGUCUUUUACAUGGUAGUAGAUCUAAGGAGAAUUUUUUACAUUGGACACAACAAAAGAAGCCAUCAAAAACUCAAUCCCUCAAUAGAACAGUGAAAAUCUUAAAGUGGCUGAAACUACAUUUCACAGUACAAACUUAAACCUGUUAUAUUUCUCAGGUUAAUUUAUGUCUCUGCUCUAUUUAACCUUAUGAAGUCUCCUGAACAGUGACAUUCAUAGCUGUUGACAAGCC